UGCUUCUUUUGACAGCAAGACACAAGAAGAGCUCUCCUUAGCCAUCCUUGAAGCGUGGGAUGCUGUAAGCCUGCAUCCGGAAUUGCUUGAACAUGAUUUGCGCCUGUGUACGGCGCCGAUCGUGAGUCAUGGCAGUGGAGCGAAGGUUUCAAGGGGUUUUGCGGAGCUCAAAAUUCCAAUUUAAGCUGGCCUGAAGGAAACUUGUCGGCCUCAUUAGUUUGUGAGAGGUUUUGUUUGGUAGAUUGAUCUGCGGAUUGAUGAAGAGACGGAUUUACGGAUGUACAGAGAGCAGUUUAGGAGUUUGUAAGCUGGUCCAGGAACUCCCGAGUGGAUGGAUGAUGAUUGCUGUGCUGUUGGGGGCGGGAACAGCUACUGGCAGUGGGCUUCAGGAUUGUGAAAGAUCUCAGUGAGCCCGGAUGCUGAUUUUUGUGAAUGCGAAGGAUUGUUGUUACACGGGCUGCUGAUAGAGACCAGGAAUCUGAGGAGCGGGAAUUUGUUCUGCUCACACAGCAGCGAGGAUGGAAAACACAGGAAUUGCAGAGGCUGGUCAAUUGGUUUGGCUGACCAACGUUUUGAAAGCCACGCUUGAUACCAAUCCUGGCAUUAGAGUUGCCGCCGAGGAUGCCCUGAAAAAUGCAUCGAUUCAUCCAGGUUAUGGCGUGGCUCUUGCUAAGGUGACAGUCAGUAAGGAGGUGCCAAUUGGCCUGCGCCAGCUAGCGGCAGUCUUAUUAAAGCAGUAUGUGAAACAUCAUUGGCAAGCGGGAGAGAAAGAUUUUCUUCCACCCGAAGCUUCUGCUCAAGACAAGGCUUUAAUUCGUGGCCUUCUUCCUCAAGCAUUGGAGGAUCCACAUGGCAAAAUCAGGACAGCCGUAGGAAUGGCUAUUGCAACUAUUGCAAAUUCAGAUUGGCCCGAGGAGUGGCCGGACUUGAUGAAUUAUUUACUGGGCUUUAUCAGCGACCGAAGUGAUAUUAAUAGAGUGCACGGGGCUUUGAGGUGUUUGGCACUGUUUGCUGGUGAUUUAGACGACACUUUAUUGCCGCCACUUGUACCUGUCUUGUUUCCUGCUCUUCAUCAGAUAGUCGCACAACCGACAAUGUAUGAUGCUUCCUUGCGCCGUCGUGCCCUUAUCGUUCUCCACAGCUGCAUAUCUACCCUCGGAGUCAUGAGUGGUGCCUAUAAGACGGAAACUAGAGCAUUGAUGGCACCAAUGCUUAAGUCUUGGCUACAGCAAUUUGCCUUAAUUUUGUCACCUCCUGUACCUUCUGAAGAUCCCGAUGACUGGAGUUUGAGAACGGAGGUUCUCAAGUCACUCCAACAAAUUGUUACCAACUUUGCAAAUAUUGCCACAACCGAGUUCCCAGUGGUGCUUGGUCCUCUGUGGCAGACCUUUGUAUCCGGAUACAAAGUAUAUGACUCAGCCUGUAUAAAUGCGGAUGAAGAAUCUUUCGGAGGAUUAGCUGACUCUGAUGGCAGUGAUCAGAGCUUAGAGGCGUUCACUAUUCAGCUUUUCGAAUUUUUGCUCACUGCAGUGGGAAGCCCCCGCUUCAGAAAGAUAGUUCAGAAUAUGGAGGAUCUUGUUUACUACACUAUCGGUUACAUGCAAAUGACCGAGGAGCAGGAGCAAACUUGGUCUGCAGAUCCAAAUCAGUAUGUUGCCGAUGAAGAUGAUGUCACAUUUAGCUGCCGACUAUCAGGUAUUCUUUUGUUAGAAGAGCUGGUAGAAACUUUUGAAGAUAAAGCGUUGCAGGCGAUCGUAGAUGCCGUGCAAAAACGGAUAGUAGAAGCCGCUCAAGCAAAAGCGGCCGGUAGGAAGAAUUGGUGGAAGUUAAGAGAAGCUGCAAUUCUGGCGGUCGGCACCGUUGCUGGAUCUCUGUUUGAAGCUCAGAGCGGAGGAAAAAUGAGCUUUAGGUUGGAGCCUUUUCUCGACAGCAUACGCAAUGAGGAUCUGGGACAAGGUAUUGAUCAGUGCUCAUUUCUUCGAGGCAGGGCUUUGUGGGCCGCGGCCAAAUUUGCCCCAGCUAUGAAUAAAGCAAGGUCUGAGCAGUUCUUCUACGCUGCGGUCAUGGGUUUGGCUUCAGAUGUUCCUCCUCCGAUCAAGAUCGGUGCAUGCCGAGCACUGGCUGAACUCUUUCCGAACGUUGAUCCUUCAGUUUUACAGCCACAUUUAAGCCUUGUGUUCGCAUCUUUGGGAGCUUUAUUGCAAGAGGCUUCGGAUGAAACACUCCAUCUAGUUUUGGAAACAUUGCAGGCUGCGGUCAGAGCGAACGGCCAAGCCUCAGCAGCAGCCGAGUCUACAAUCUCUCCCUUAGUUCUGAAUGUUUGGGCCAAACAUGUUUCUGAUCCAUUCAUCAGUAUUGAUGCGCUGGAGAUACUUGAGGCAAUAAAGGAGGUUCCAGGCUGCUUGGAGCCGCUGGCAGCUCUUGUGCUACCUGUUUUGGCAACUAUUUUUGCCAACACAAGUCAACAACCGGUAGGAAUGAUUGCUGGUGCAUUAGAUCUCCUGACAAUGCUAUUGAAGAAAGCACCCAAAGAGCUUGUCCGCCGCGCGCAUGAUGUUACCUUCAUACCUGUCCUCAACAUAGUUCUACGGAGCGACGAUAACAGCGAAUUACAGAAUGCCACGGAGUCUUUGUCUGCCUUCGUACGAGAAGGUGGUGAAGAUUUACUCUCAUGGGGUGGUGAUGCUAAUCGCAGUUUGCAUAUGCUCUUGGACGCCGCUGGCAGGCUGCUGAAUCCUGAACUAGAAAGCUCUUCAGCACUAUUCGUGGGUGGUUUUGUCACAGCUUUGAUACUCAAUAUGUCGUCAAAUAUGGCACCCCAUUUCAGUCAACUCAUCACAGCCCUGCUCGCCCGCAUGCGGGGCAGUGAAAUGAUAGCCUUGAAGACAUCAAUUUUGUUAGUUAUUGCCAGACUUGUCCAUAUGAGUGCGCCCAAUGUUGGCCAGUUUGUCGAUGUGGUUGCGAAUUUGCCUGUUGAUUAUGAUGCUCUAGAAUACCUUAUGUCAGAGUGGACAAAACUUCAAGGAGACAUCCCAGGGUCAUAUCAAAUGAAAGUGAGCACGACGGCCAUCGCAUUGCUGCUGGACUGCUGCCAUCCUCAACUUGCCCGCAUCAGAGUUCAAGGGCAUUUACUGACCAAUUCGAGCGGAGUUGUUACCCGAUCUCGUUCCAAGGUUGCACCUAUCCAAUACUCGACGAUGCUCCUCCCCGCUAAGCUUUUGUCCCUGCUUGCAGAUGCCCUUUUAGAAAUUCAAGAGCAACAAACAGCAACCGCACGCGAUGAGGAUGACGACUGGGAUGAAAUUGAUGAGGACGAGGACGAACCAAAAGCAACCCGAUCAUUACCAGUGCCAGGAUCGGAACAAUCAGUUUUCAAAGCGCUUGAUGAUAUGCAACAUCUGUUACACGAUGAUAUUGAAGAUGGGGACUAUCAGGAGGAUCCAGUUGCUGCUACAGACCCUUUAAACCAGAUCAACCUUUCAACCCACCUAAGAAAUUUCAUGAAGCAGUUUCUAGCGAAGGACCCAGUUACUUCUGAGCGACUUUUCCAGGAAUUGAACCCCCGUCAGAAAAGUGCUGUUCAAGCCGCCAUAGCGUGACAUUACGAUUCAAAUGAUUUAGUAUCUAUUAUCCCAGUUUGAGUCGGGUUGUUGCAAGGUGGCUGGUCGGCGAGGGCUACGAGAUGCAGGUUUCAUGCUAUCUUAGCAUUGUACCGACUGUAAACACACCCUAAUUAUCGGUGUGAAAUAUAAUGUUUGCCUGAGUAAUUUUAGGGCAAUGCAGCUCCCGAGUGCUCUCGGUCAAUAUUCAUGUGGGCAUUUUUAUGCUGACAUCGCAGACAUUGCGUUCAGGCAAUGUCGGCAUUUUUGUGAAGCUCCUGGUGAGAUAAAUUUGAAAGAGUCAACACGGUGUCUGGCGUUAGAAGUGAAUACAUUACAGAAAGUUCCUUUGAAGAUUGUAAUAUGUUUCUGGAUUUAUGCGCCAUUACAAACAUGAGUCAGGAUCUAUAUCUUCAUCUGCAUGUGAAAGCCAAGUUGACGCAAAAGCAUGUGCUUUGCCUACGACUCAGAGGCCAACAUUGUACUUCUUAUGCCCAACCAGAGCAUUACAUGGGCCCACCCAUGCUAUUGCACUUACGCCAAUGUAUUCAGAAAUUGUGUAAUGUGUAUUACCCGC